GUCACGAUGACACGUUUGUUUUCAGGUGGGGGUGGGGGCGGAGCUUAGAGCACACCUCAGGAACUUGGAGAACUCGUCAAAGUUGAAGAGAAGUAAGAGCUCAUCGAGGUGAAGUCGAUGGAAAAAGGAACAACCCGGCAAUGUAACGAGGAAACGGAGGAGAUCAUAAGAAGGAUCGGGGCCUAGAGGUAAAUAAUGAGCAUGUAAAUGUGAAAUGAGCGACAGCAAACACUUUGAUUGGAUAUGAAACGGUGUGAUUGUACUGCAGGAAGACGGUGCAACAUGUUUUUCAUGAGGAAACGAAAAGUUUAUCAGGAAUGCGCUCUGCUGAUCUAGAUAGAUGUUUCUGAUGCGUCUGUACUCAAGAGAAUACUUUCAGAGUGAUACCCCAAAGUCAACUAUGGCAUUGUCAGUUGUGUGUGUUUUCAUGUAUUAUUGUAUACCGCCGGUGUAGCAUUUUUAAACAUAUAUUUUUUAGUUUUUGCUUGAUUAUAAACAGUGUGUUUCCAAAGCCUUCUAUUUCAUUUAAGCUGCCUCUGAGCUGCUGCACUUCACCAAGUCUGGACUUGCUCUCCCAAUCCAGGCAGCUUUAUUGCGCAGGUGUGUGCAGACAUCCCACCCAUCUUCCUGUUCCUGAAUAUGAGCCCCACAGGGACAGAUAAUAACCACCUGUAGCAUCCACGGGAGGACGUGCUCAGUUUCUCGGUUGUUCAUAAUCAUUAUGGCUUUUGUUGUGUGCGCAGAUGGCACAGCAGGGAGAACCUCUGUAUGAUUUCCCGGAGCCCACCAAGUCGUCAAAAGGCAAGUUCCUGGGGCAUCAAAGGAGCCGAGGAUCUCUGAGGAGCAUCAGUGUGUUGGAUCGUCUCCUGCUCACUGUUCCUGUCUGGCUUCAGCUGUCCAUCAAUCCUGCCACUGCACUGCACAUACUGCAAAGGGAACCUCCUGGGGUCAGAACCUGUCAAAGUCCUCUCAGGCACACAUAUAACUCACACACAAACACCAGACACAGGCAAACACACUGCACUCCAUACAUCUCCUGUUAUUUCUCACAGGAUUUUAUGUUGUAAUGUCUUGCAGACCUUCCUAGUGCGUAAAUCUCGCACAUCCCAGAGGAAUGUCCUGUGUGUCCGUUUGGCGGAUGACAGUGUGCCGUCAUUUGUUCAGCAGUUUGGCAUCAGGGAAGAACGCGCCAGUCAAAGUAUGAGUUUAAUUAUUUGACCCCAACGCAUAUAUCGAUCUUGUCUGAGUACAUUAACUGGUUGUUGUGUGCAAACUUACUGGAUCUUGAUGAAAACAGAGACCAGUCUGGUUACCAAAAAAGCAAAAAAAGAGGGUUUCAUCAUAAUAGUGUGCAUUAGAAUUUCAUUGAUUUCUGACAGCGUGAAAGUAAUUAAGGGUCAAACACACCAUAACACUGAGUUAGACACCCCAUCUAGAGAUGAAUGUUGCUGACCGCUUGCUUUUCUAGUUAUACCAACUUUAGUAACGACCAUGGAUAGCAAUACACAGCGGUCUGAAGAGCCAUAAACAAACCUCAACCAAAACAACAAAUAAUGCUCAGAACAGCACCUAACUUCAUCAACAGUACAUAUAGGGUCCCAGCCACAGCACUAGCCACCAAACAUCUUUUUAACUUUGCUUAAUUUCUUUAGCAAAGAGACUAAACACAACUCAUCCUCUCUCUUUCAGCAGCCUCUUGUCUGUACGGAGACCUCCGGCGAGUCAAUCAACUGCAACAGAGUUUCGCAGCUCAAGGAAGAACAUUUGUGACCGUUUCUUCAUGAAAAUGCAAUCAGACCGAGACGCUAAGGCAGAAGAACUACCGUGUCUGCAGUGAAAAUGAUUAAUAUGGUGAUUAUUACUUAAUGGAAAUGAUAAAGAAAUGAUCAUAAAUGUUUUUCCUUGAGCUGCGUCACCCCACUGUAGUCCGAAAUGGACUGGCCCGGGGUCUCGCUACAAACAAGCAGCUGCUGGAAGAGAGUAGGUGAGUUGUGUUUAGUUAGGCUGGCUGGGCCACCCUGUUGCGUGAAUCACUUGCCGUUCCUUCCCACAACAGUCUGAACUUCGGCCCAUUGGAAGCGUGUAUUCCCGGUCAGAAAAUAACCGGGCCAAUCAGAGAUCGGGUUUCCACUGUUACCCGGACAACAGGGAAAGGCAGCCCCUGAUUGGUCCAUGUGUAGAUGGUGACGUCUAACACAUGCUGCAGGACUUUUCAAAGCGCUGUUCAUUCAGAACGCUGUUAAUUCUGCAGUUGACUUUGCAAAGUCAGCAGAAAUCGUUUAUAUACGCAGUAUAUAUGGGCCGAAGUCCAGACUGUUGUGGGAAGGAACGGCAAGUGAUUCACGCAACAGGAUGUUCCAGCCAGGCUAGUGUUUAGUCUCUUUGCUAAAGAAAUCAGUCAAAGCUAAAAUGAUGUUUGGUGGCUAGUACUAUGGCUGGGACCCUAUAUCUACUGUUGAUGAAGUUAGGUGCUGUUCUAAGCAUUAUUUGUGGCUAUAGAGUGGCGUUUUGGUUGAGGUUUGCGCUGGGAGAUGUAGACCACUGUGUAUUGCUAUCGUGCGGUCGUUACUAACGUUGGUAAAACUAGAGAAGCAAGCAGUCGGCAACAUUUAUCUCUAGAGGGGUUGCCUAACUCUGUGUUACAGUGUGUUUGCCCUUAAAUUAAUUUUACGCCAGAAUAUCCCUUUAGCCAGGUAUUGGUUGCAGUUAAGUUCAAGUCAAAAUUAAAACAAACUUUCUGUCAGUCAUGUAAAACAUAUGUAACAGUUUGUAUGGUCUUUUCCAUCACAGCAUCACCUGCAAAUGUUAUUUUAGCAAAAUCUCAUCUGUAGAUCAUAAAAGUCUCCUUCACCUCUGAAUGUCCCCAACUUAGCUCUGAGUCUGGAAACAUCAGCCAUCAGCUUUCCUGAUCUCCCGAGGUUGAUUUCUUUCUACUGUGUCAGCAGGUAAAGUCUCCUCCAAAUGUUGCCAUUCUCUUUUAGCCUACUGUUUCAAUGUCGUCUUAACCACAUUUUGAUCAUCUAAUCUUUAUGUAAAUAUAAUGUAAUGUCUGUCUGUUAGAGAUGUCCUGCCCUUCCCUCUGGAGCUCCCUGAAGCCAUUGCAAAGGCAUCAUCCCACAAAGAGCUCGAGUCAAUCUCACACAUGGGAGUAGGUCGGUCAACACAGCUCUCUUUCCACAUCGCUUUACACUGUGUUGUAAUACAUGAGGUAUAAAAGAUCUGUUUAUAAUGAAGGAACAGUGACGAUCUUUACUUUAUGGGUAACAGAAUUACCAGAACAUAAUCUAAUUGUGAGUUAGGUAUUAUGAGUGAACAAGAAGGUGGUUGAGAGAUGAAUGUUGUUUGACCCUAAAUUAAUUUUACGCUGGAAUAUCCCUUUAAAUUACUUUUUGAAUAACUAGUGUAACCCAAGAGAAUAACCCAACUCAGAAAUAUUAAAAAAUGCACCAAAAGUGAGUGUUUUUUUCCUUGAAUUCUUGUUUUUUUAUAAGACAAAAUGAAAGUUUUUGGUUCGAGCUCAAAUCUGUUUUCUUUCGUAGAAUUCUGGAACUCUCACCUAAACGUUCGAGGGCCCAGAGAAGCUCUGAAACCCCAAACAGACCAGGAGAAGAAGCCAGACCCUGUGGCUCCGGUCCUUCCAACGAGUGCUGCCCCACAGACGAGCUCUGCACCUGCAACUCUGCCUGAUGCAGCUCCCCAGCCCAACUCAGACCCCCAGACCAAGACUGCACCUGAAGCAGAUGCCGACCCGCCCGGUCCUGGUUCAACCCUAUUUCAGGAGUUUUGUCCAAUCACGACGCGCAGCCCCAGAGAGCUGGAUUGUGGCUCCGGCCUUGGCGCUCUCUGUUUCAUUAACCCGUUGUUCCUGCAGUCACUGAAUGCUCUGUCCAGAAAGCGCAUGUUCAAACGCAGCCUCAAGGUUCGGAUUUCCACAGAGACCUCGUCCUUGCUGUCUCCCCCGCUUGCUCCUCCUCCCCCACCCCCUCUAAUGCCCAAAACCAGGGGGAGAUGUAAAGCCCGGAAACAGGGAACACACCCAGGCAAAGGCCCAAAUCAAACUGCUCAGUCUGACCCUGUAGUUCAGGGUAACUCUGGUGAGGGUCAAGUUAAGCCCCCCACAACUACUCCUCAUUUUCAUCCUGAGAUCCAGGAGCAAGAGGAGGUCACAGCUCAGUUAUUACCAACAGUUAUGGAGCACCUCUCAGAAAACUCAGACUACAUGCAACCGUCCCCAGUGAUCACCUCCUCAAAUACCCCCUCACUGUCUCCAUACCUCUCCCCCCCUGGGCCUCCUCUUUUCCCCAAACAAUCCCCCUCCAUCUCACCCCAUGGCUCCCCAGGUGCUUCUCCUUCUCUCUCACCCUAUCAAUCCCCAUCUCUUUCCCCCAGGGCCCUCUCUCCAAAUCAGUCACCUUCUGAUUCUCCCUCUGCGUCCCCGCCUCCCUCUCCCAAAGCCCCCUUCUCGCUCUCCCCUUUCACCUCUCCAGAGUUUGCCCAGCUGGAGGAGCAGGCCUAUCACACACCUAGAGCGUGGGCAGAGAGAGAGGCUGAAGAGGAGGGGAGAGGUGAGAGUGAAAGUGAGGAGACGGACGAGGAAGACGAGGAGGAGGAGGAGGAGGAGGGUCUAGUUUUACAGAUGAGUGCUGCAGCUCUUAAUGACAAAAACAGCUGCAGAUCUUCCAGCAGUCCUGAGGGAGCAGCAGAGAGACAGCCUCAUGAUCAGGGGGAUGGUACAAGCCUCUAGCCUACAAACACCUUGGCUUAGACAGGGUUACAUUAUUACAUGAAGCACUGUGUAGAUCCCAGUUACAUGUCGACAAUAUCCAGAAAUUGCCAACAGAAAUGUUUUGAGAAAAUGUAAAAUAUUUGAAUUAAAAACACUCUGACAGAAGUUAACUGUUCUGCAUGUUUAAAGUGCUGCUAAUUUUACCACACUCUCACCAACCAACCUUUAAAGCAUGUCCCAAGUUUUGUGAAUGUUGUAACACCUGGCAGAGAUGCAUCUUCAUGUUUCUUCAACAUUAUAAAACUUGAAAAUCA